CUUUGAACAUGUGGACAAUUCUGAAUUCAUCGCGGACCGGUGCUUGCUUUCUUCCCGCCCAUAUAAAAAUCCCACAAAAUGUGGUAAAAAUGAGAUUUUUUGAACCCACCUGUUUCUUUCUGCGUGAUGUGGCUACUGUCUACAGUUCUCCCUUGCGUUGCGUUGGCAUCUGCAAAACAUGCAUUUGUGGCCCGUGGUGAUAACGCUCCGUCUAUAUUGACGUUGUUUGGCCCAGCUUCACUCCCAACAGAUGCGACUCCACCGUUAAACCCCGCACUGGCAAGCUUCAGUAUUGAAACUGCCUUCUUUGAAGAAUAUAUGGGAAAUCGAUCAUAUCCGAACAAACUCUCUCAGAAUCUUUUUGAGAACCUAAAGGAGAGGACUGGCGUUCCAGCCGAAGUUCGCAUUGGUGGCAUCACCGCUGACUCGACAUUCUGGGACCCUAAUCAGGAGGCUGCUCUGUACAAUUUCGUUGACGACACGGGUGCACUCAUAAACACUACUCUUGGACCCCAAUUUUGGAACUCUGUGAAGCUUUUGCCUGCAGGGACGAAGAUCGUCAUGACGCUCGAUCUAGAGAGCUUGACUUAUACCGGAGCUCUUGAUAUGGCUGAGGCGGCAUGGAAGGGCCUUGGCUCACGCCAAAUCUCUCGCUUCGAAAUAGGAAAUGAACCAGAUCAAUAUUACCUCGAUCUUGACGCUCAGAAUUAUACCGCUAUCUGGGAGCCGUGGACUGUCAAUAUCUCGAAGGCGCUAGGAAUCAACUAUCCCGAGUUCCAAGUCGGGGCGACCGUUAUAGACCCUUUGUGGCCGUAUAACACGCCACAAGCGAAUGCGCAGUUUGACUGCGUCAGUGCUCUGGCUGCCGGGGCUAAUGACGGACACACUGUCAAGACCUGCAGCGAGCACACAUACCAGUACAGCGUUUGUGACCCCACAAGGGCUGCUGUAGCUACGUUGAGCAACCUGGUGAAUCACACACGCUUGGCCGAAUAUUUGGAUCUUUGGCAGCCACGUAUUCACAACGUUCGCGCCCAACUCGGACCCGAUGCCUUUGUUAUCGGAGAAUUCAAUUCUGUCUCUUGCUCUGGACGGAACAAUGUUAGCAACACGUUUGGUCAAGCCAUGUGGCUGCUAGACACGACCCUCUACGCGGCUUCGAUCAACGUUUCACGGGUGUAUGUGCAUCAAGGUGGCCCCCUUGCAUUGCAGAGCUCUACGCAGCUCAAUCACGGCGGCUUCUCACUCUACAACCUCUGGUAUCCCGUUGACAAUCAGAACGGUCCUAUCCAAGUGUUCCCGGCAUAUUCGGCUUACCUUUUUGUGACCGAGGCCAUUGGUCAUUCGAGAUCACUGCGCCUUUCAAACAUCUUCCCAGGACGACAGGCCAAUGGAUCAUCGAUUACAACCGCAGGCGGUGAUCCCUCUGCUGGUCAGAUCUCGGUGUACGGUUUCUGGGAUGAAAAGUCGGCCAACAGCGAUGGUUACCCAUCUAAGCUCGCACUCCUAAACCUUGAGAUGUACAACCAGACAGAUUCAUAUCCUCGCCCCAACAUCACAAUCGAUAUAUCUGCGUAUUUGCCGAAGAAGAUCCAGGAUGUAAUGGUCAAACGGCUAACAGCCCCAGGAGCUGAUGUCAUGUCAUCCAACGUGACAACUUGGGCAGGGCAAUCUUUUGCUUCUGGCGUCGCAGAAGGCGGUAUUGUGGAGGAACAAAUAUACGAUGCACAAGUGAUGGUCGAAGCUUCCUCUGCUGCUUUGGUGUAUUGGUAAAUUGGUAAAUGCAGUGUAGCAUGUAAAUUGCGCUCGUCAUAGGUUUUGCUACAGAAGCGAUCUGGUUAUCAUUAAGUAUCUCCUGCCAGUGGGCGUCCAAGUACAACAAGGGAUCCCUCGGGAGCGUACAGCAUGACUCCAUGACUUUCUAUCACCGAAUGGGCGCAGAUGAGCGCCAGAGCGUGCACAAGGACUGAGAGCACACUGUGAGGACUGCUAGAGGCUGGCGCUGUUGUGACUUUAAUAAAGUUGCAUCUGGUGA